AUGGCUGAAGCGUACGGCUUCGCAGGCCAUUUGUAUGGCGAUGCCGGAAUAUUAUCAUAUCGCUUAGCGAACCAGCACCUGGGAGACCAAGUCGGCAGCUUGAAUUCAUCGCGUCACACCGAUAAAGAGCCUCGAUUCUCCAUUGUCGGCGAAACCGCUGAGCUUUACCCCCCAUCCAAGUCGGCGCUUCCCAGGGCAAGCUCUGAAGUAUGGCGCGCUCGCCGAGUGCAGCAGAGAUGGCUCAUAAAGUCCCACCCCGAGGCGGCCAUGGGCAAUUUCGUGUUUCAAGAGCCUCUUCGCGAGGACAUGGCCAAGUUCAAGACGGCCGAGACGCUUCCCAACGCAGGGCCGCUUCUGGCGAUUGCAUCCAUGUCGACGGUGACUGGCCGCCAUGACGACAAUAAGCCAGUUCCAUUUCUGGCGUCUGCAACGGGCGCAUCCGGCGAAUUGCUACGCUUAACUGUCGCGGACCAGACCAACUGGGGAUGGGGAGACAGCGAGGAUGCCUCUUUGCAGCUCCCUGUGAUUGACCCUCUUCAAAGUGAAAAAGAGACAUUUUGGGCCGCUGAUGGCCUUCCUAUUGCUCGCAUCAAAUACGCGGAAGGUCUUGCGAAUCAGGUACAUGUCCGAUGGCUUCUCGUACAAAAGGGAACCUCGACGACAAUACUCCAGCCGGAACACCACACUGUACUAGUUACUGAGACUCAAAUCACGGAGGGCUCAUUAACAGGCAAUUCAGCGGGCCUAAUCAAAGCGAAUCCCAUCUUGGAGAUAAACCAUACCGACACGGGUGGAAAUGCCCACUCUGACGUGGUGUUUAGCCCAGCAGCCCGUGGCCAAACCCCUCUGCUCGCUUUGAUCGAUGAAUGCGGAUUCUGGACCACAUGGGAUCUUAUGGGAACAUAUCGAGUUGGCGUCAAAAGUGUCAGGAUCAUGCAGCGAGCGUGUGGACACAUCAGUACUGGCCCCCUUACCGAGAUCCCGGCGCACCAUCAAUAUUCAGCCGAAAAACAUGGACUUGUCGUGGUCUCCGAGCCAAAGGAUGCCAAGCGGGAUCCCCUAGAAACAGACAAACGCACAGGCUCUAGUGGCUCGACGGCGCCUAUUCUCCUCAUGUGGAAAGGCGACCGGCUUCAGGCGGUGGACAUGCACACGGCCAGCGUGGUAUCGCCUCUGAAGAAGUUCUGGGUGCCAGAAGGUAAAUACAAUCAAAUUCUCGACGUGCAAAACUGCCCUACUACAAGAAGUCGUGUUUUCAUUUUGACGGAGAAGAACCUCGUUUGGGCUGAAGUUCGGCAAGAGCAGGACAGCCCCACGAUUCUUCUUACCAUACCUCACGUUGGAGAGGCAUCCUCGAUGCCAAUCAUGACUACAUGUGCUCUAGAAGAUGGCGUAGCCAUGGUUUUCACCUUUUCGGUCAAGACAGAUCAGCUAUCUGUGUACUGGUUCGAAACUGAAGAUCAGGGUCCUGUGCGCUGGCACAGGCAUAUUACAUCUCUUGCCAGCGGAAAUGAUUCUUCCCGUUCUGCACAUAUUUCUCAAAUUACCGUCACGCCGCUUUAUCUGGAUCUGCCCGGCAAAAAACACCCCAUUGGGCUAGGAGCCGAGUAUAAAGCGGCUGGCGUGGACUUUUUCCAGGUGAACCUCUUGUUGGAUGAUCUGAGCAUCCGAUACGGCAUCUACACUACCGUGUACACUCCUGAACAAAAGGUUGUGCUGCCCACGAAGCGGCUGGCUUGGUCAAUGACGAAACAACAACGACAGUGGAAGAAACGAAGAAAUCACUUUCUACAACACUACGAAAACACAUUCGUGCUAUCGGAUGGCAUGACGGAGAAGGAUUUGGCCUCGGCAAUGGAGCGUCGCGUUGCGGGUGAAGAUAAACUCGUCGGGCAGAAAGAGACGGAAGUCAAAGUUCCUCAGCCAGUCAGGCUAAAUAUGGAGAUUCUUUGUCGUUCGAUAGGCAGUUAUCUGGCAGAAACACAGCGACAAGGGCCUAAAGGUCUUCCGCGAGAUCUAUUUGAGGCCUUACAAGACAUGUUUGAUAGUAGUGAGCCAGGGGAAAGAACCCCGUUGGCUACUUGGCACCAACUUGCAGAAGCGGUCGGGGAUGACGCCGAGCUAGACAACGUCGACAAUGGUAUGGAAACAGAAAUAGGGAAGCUGUUCGAUACUGCCGACGAAAACAAAGUAGUUCCACAAAUUCGACGUUUCAACGACAAGGAGCCGGCUGAUGCACUGGUCGGCUUUACAUACCUGUUUGGCGAAUACUGCAAUUUCUGGCUUGAUGCUCCGGAAUCUCGCAUCACAAAUGAUGUUCAAGAGGCACGAAAGGCUUGGGUAGCAGAAGUCGCGCGGAAUAUUCUCUUUUCCAGCUAUGGUGUCCUGAUCCAAGAUGUUCCAGUCUUUGGCCCGCAGAGGCUAGAAGAGUCACAGAGAACAAGCAGAGAACCGGCUAGCUCAGCCGUGCUCACGUCCUCUCCGCGCAGCUCCCAGCUGUCUCCAGCGCCAUCCGACUCCAACGAAGGUAGCGACGGUGCCUUGUCCAGGCUACGCCUUUUGGCGCCGUCACUGGCCGCAGCGGAGCCUGUCUCGUCAAAAUCCCACAAUUUGCUUUCGUAUUGGCCAACCGAACGCGGUCACGAUCCUAAAUACUAUGUAUCAACAGUGGCCAUCGCCGCCGACGACAAAUUUAGAGACGCGCGGGAGAGGCUGCAGAAGAAGGAAGCGAAGCGAAGGUCGCAUGUGGAAAAGUUCAGGCGACAGUCGAUGAUGCGCCAGAGUAUGGGCCACGAUCGCGAGGACGAAGUGAUGGGAUCGUCGCCAGGACCGAUGCGCAUGCAAUACAUGUCGAGCCAGGUAGGACCCAGCUCGUCGCAGACGCAAGCGCCGUCGAUGCCACCUUUGACAAUGAGCCAGCCUGUUUCGGGGGCUUUUGGUGCUCGAAAGAAGAAGUCCAAGCCGAAGCGGAAGAGCGGCUUUAGAUAG